AUCGGGACACAAUGACGUACAUCCGUGUUGAAUGAAAUUACACGUCAGUUGAAUGAAAAACGCUAGUGGGUGUUCUGUAGAUUUGUGUAAAUCGGGUUUUUUUCGAGUUGUUAACCACGUGAAUUUGUAUUCCUAUUAAGGAACCAUGUCCAACUCGGUAAUCUCCGUCGUAUCGCGGUUCUUGGAGGAAUACACGACCAGUACCACGAAUAAGCUGAAGCUGGUCGAUGCUUACCUGCUGUACAUCUUGCUAACAGGAGCGCUCCAGUUCCUGUACUGUUUGUUGGUCGGCACAUUCCCUUUCAACAGCUUUUUAUCAGGCUUCAUCUCGUGCGUCGGAGCCUUCAUUCUUGGAGUUUGCCUGCGUAUCCAGAUCAACCCACAGAAUAAAGGUGACUUCCUGUCGGUGUCCCCCGAGCGAGCAUUCGCCGACUUCCUAUUCGCUCACACCGUUCUCCAUCUGGUGGUGAUCAACUUCAUCGGAUGAAUGGGUGCUGUACGGUUGACCUCAACUGAUCAGAUGCCUCCACUCUACAGCCUUACCAGAAGCCCAUCAGAAACAUGGAAACAUAGCUUUAUGAUAAUCUAGAACAGCAUGAAAACUUGGGAUUUCAAUGGCCAGUGGAACUGCCUCUCUGAUCUCCGUAUAAUUGGAUGGAAGAAUUUUGCACAACCAACAAUGUUGCAGUUGUCAUGUUUUUGUCUGGUUUCUUUUUUUUCUUUGUUUUGUUUCUACUUUUUAUAACACGUCUCCUGUGUGUUGGCACUGAAAUAAAGUGAGUCAACUAAA